UCAAUGUUUGACCCUACACGAUAACCCCUGAUUCUAUUCUCUCCUACCACCACACAGCUGAUUCAUUAGCGGGAGUCUAGAGCGUAGCAUCUUUAAAGUUGCUGACUUCCAAUGUAGUCUUUAUUUAAUGUGCUAAUUUUAAAGAUUUAUUUAUUCAAACGUGAAGUGACUUGGAUUUAACUUCAUUAGAUUUAAGAUGGAGGUCGGUGUUGUGAUCUUUUCUUUGCCAGGAUAAACAUUUUGGUCUGUGAUUACUCCAAGUGGCAAACUUUUGAAACAUUUCUGAUCAUUUCGUUGUGAUUACUGCUCACCAAAAGUAAACAAGCAUGCCAAACACAAGUGUGUACCCGCUGACCGUCAACAUGACGGCGGUGGACGCGGCGUUUGUCUUGGUCAGCAACACGGCGUCGUUCGCCAGUUGUCUGGGCUGUAUCGUCAUCAUCACCAUCUACUACGCCUACAAGGAGAUUCGAACCACGAGUCGUCUGCUGCUGGUGCUCAUCAGCCUGUCCAACCUGUUCGUCUGCUUCUCGACCCUGCUACAGACGGGCACCUACAUCAACAACCUGAUGUUCCCCAAACAAACGUCCUACUUCUGCCGGGGGUCAGCGGCCCUGCUGGUGUUCUCACAGACGUCGUCUGCCCUGUGGACCGUGGCCAUCACCUUCUACCUGCUGCUGUGUGUCUCGUGUCGCCGUGUCACGCUGGCCAAUAGGAUCCUCUUUCUCUUUCAUAUCGUCUGCUGGGGCGUGCCAGUGUUGCUGACCAGUGCAGGUGAGAUCUCAGGUGUGUACGGCUAUGACAUCACAGACAUCCUCAGGUACAAACAUCCCACCCCCUGCUGGCUGAGUGACCGGGUCAAGAAUCCACUCCCAUGGUACCUGAUGACAGUGGAAGGGUGGAUCAUGGCAACUUUUGUGGCCGUCUCACUCAUGUACUUGAUUUUAACAUGGACAGUAGUACGGCAGAGAAACAAAGGAAAAGUUCUAGCUGGUGAUGAUGUCAUUCAAGAACUCGCCAUACAAACAGCCAAUGAGCAGCUUCGUUUCAUCCCUGCUAUUUAUGUCUGCACAAGAAUCUGGGGCACAGCUUACUUCCUGUUUACACGGUAUCCUGAAGAUAGGCAUCUCAGGGCAUUUGAUUGGUUGAUGAUAAUUAAAGCAAUAGGAGACAACAGCCAAGGUUUGGCCAACGCCAUUUUCUUCUGCCUGGCCACCAAACAGAUCAGGAAAAUCAUGUCUAAGAAACUUGGCUGCGUGGUGUCCUGUUUGUGUGGCUGGUGCAGGAAACACAGGCUGGCAGCACAGGACAGGUGGAUGAAGGUGCCGUCCAUCGUCAGGAUCAGGCGAGGCAAGCUGGCACAGAAGAGGCCAAAAAACCUGGACGGAAGUGACUUAGACUUGACUGGAAUCUCCCUAGAUCUGCCCACGAUGAUUUUGGAAGGUGGGGAGGAGGAAGUUAUUUUUGAGAAGUGAUCCCAUGUCUCUCAGGGAUUUUAUAACCACCAGCCAGUGGAGCUAAGAGCUGGAGCUAAUCCAACAACAUGGCCGAGAGCUUAAGCUAAGAGCUAAUCCAACAACAUGGCGGAGAGCUUGAGCUAAUCCAACAUGGUGGAGAGCUUGAGCUAAUCCAACAACAGAGUGGAGAGGAAUGUUGGUGACACAACAAAACAACAGGCCAACUGA